AUGCUCCGCGGCCCCCGGCGCUCGGAGGGACGCAGGCGAAAGGAAUUUUUCCCGAGAGCAGCCUCGGCUUCACUUCAGUUGUUGUCCCGACUCCCGGCCGGACUCGUCGUCGCUUUCAGCCAUUCUCCUACUGCACCCCCGAUCCCCGACCCCCCUGCCCCCGCACCCCGCACCCCGCACCUCCUCCGUCGGUCCGAGCGCCCGCAGCCCUCCCGCGAGGGCGCCCCGGGAACGGAAGCACCCAGCAGCCUGUCGGCGCCCGCCGCUCUCGUGGUCGCCGUCGCGGUCGUCGUCGUGGUGGUCUCGGCCGUCGCCUGGGCCAUGGCCAACUACAUCCACGUCCCGCCCGGCUCCCCGGAGGUGCCCAAGCUGGACGUCACGGUGCAGGACCAGGAGGAGCAGCGCUGCCGGGAGGGGGCCCUGAGCCUCCUGCAGCACCUGCGGCCGCACUGGGACCCUCAGGAGGUGACCCUGCAGGUCUUCACAGAUGGAAUCACAAAUAAACUUAUUGGCUGUUACGUGGGUAAUGCAAUGGAGGAUGUAGUUUUGGUGCGAAUUUAUGGCAAUAAGACUGAGUUGUUAGUUGAUCGAGAUGAAGAAGUGAAGAGUUUCCGAGUGUUACAGGCUCAUGGCUGUGCACCACAACUCUACUGUACCUUCAAUAAUGGACUAUGCUAUGAAUUUAUACAGGGAGAAGCAUUGGAUCCAAAGCAUGUCUGCAACCCUGCCAUUUUCAGGCUAAUUGCACGUCAGCUUGCUAAAAUUCAUGCUAUUCAUGCACACAAUGGCUGGAUUCCCAAAUCUAAUUUAUGGCUGAAGAUGAGGAAAUACUUCUCUCUCAUUCCCACAGGAUUUGCAGAUGAAGAUCUUAAUAAAAGGUUCCUAAGUGAUAUUCCAAGCUCUCAGAUUCUUCAGGAAGAGAUGAAUUGGAUGAAGAGGAUUCUUUCCAACCUGGGCUCACCUGUUGUGCUUUGCCAUAAUGAUCUACUGUGUAAGAAUAUAAUCUACAAUGAGAAACAAGGUGAUGUACAGUUCAUUGAUUAUGAAUAUUCUGGAUACAACUACCUGGCAUAUGAUAUUGGAAAUCAUUUCAAUGAAUUUGCAGGUGUGAGUGAUGUAGAUUAUAGCCUCUACCCAAGUAGAGAACUACAAAACCAGUGGCUGCGUUCUUACCUUGAAGCCUACAAAGAAUAUAAAGGCUUUGGGACUGAAGUUACUGAAAAGGAGGUAGAAAUACUCUUCAUUCAAGUCAAUCAGUUUGCUUUGGCUUCUCAUUUCUUUUGGGGAUUGUGGGCUUUGAUUCAGGCCAAAUACUCCACUAUUGAGUUUGAUUUCCUUGGGUAUGCAAUUGUUCGUUUUAACCAGUACUUUAAAAUGAAGCCUGAAGUGACUGCAUUAAAAAUGCCUGAGUAA